CCCACUUAAAAGGCCUGGUCGGGUUCCGUGCCUGCGCAAGCCGGUGGCGCGCCUUCCCCCCAGCCCGCACCGCGCAUGCACGGGAGGGGGGGGGCGGUGGGGGUGUUCACGGCCGGCUAGACAUUCUGUGCUCGUGCAAGAGGAGGGCUGCUACCAUCAGGGACGUGCACGAUUUCCCCCUACCCCGCCCCCUCCCCAAACUCAAAAAAAAAAAAUUCCAAAACACUGCCACCCACCGUGCCCCCGCGUCCAUCCCAUCCCGGCCUGCGCGCUAGUGAACGCGGGAAGCCCAGGGCGAGUGUCUGUGGUUGUGCCAGGCUGCAGGUCUGGUGUACCCUUGAUCAGUUAUUCUGAUCUGAAGAUUUUGGUGUUCGAGGCAUUAAGAUAAUAGCCUGAGUUGUUCAUGGAGUUUUUCAUCAGUAUGUCUGAAACCAUUAAAUAUAAUGACGAUGACCAUAAAACUCUGUUUCUGAAAACCCUAAAUGAACAACGUCUGGAGGGAGAAUUCUGUGACAUCGCCAUUGUGGUUGAGGACGUAAAAUUCAGAGCACACAGAUGUGUUCUUGCCGCCUGCAGCACCUACUUUAAAAAGCUGUUUAAGAAGUUGGAGGUGGAUAGUUCUUCAGUCAUAGAGAUAGAUUUCCUUCGUUCUGACAUAUUUGAAGAGGUCCUGAACUACAUGUACACAGCAAAGAUUUCUGUGAAAAAGGAAGAUGUUAACUUGAUGAUGUCAUCAGGUCAGAUCCUUGGUAUCCGAUUUUUGGAUAAACUCUGUUCUCAAAAGCGUGACGUGUCUAGUCCCGAUGAGAGUAAUGGUCAGUCAAAGAGUAAGUAUUGUCUCAAAAUAAAUCGCCCCAUUGGAGACGCUGCUGACACUCAGGAUGAUGAUGUGGAAGAGAUUGGGGAUCAGGAUGACAGUCCUUCCGAUGACACAGUAGAGGGUACUCCCCCAAGUCAGGAAGACGGCAAGUCACCAACCACCACACUCAGGGUUCAGGAAGCUAUUUUGAAAGAACUAGGGAGUGAGGAGGUUCGAAAAGUGAAUUGCUACGGCCAGGAAGUAGAAUCCAUGGAGACCCCAGAGUCCAAAGAUUUAGGGUCCCAGACCCCUCAAGCCUUAACAUUUAAUGAUGGAAUGAGUGAGGUGAAAGAUGAACAAACACCAGGCUGGACGACAGCCGCCAGUGACAUGAAGUUUGAGUAUUUGCUGUAUGGUCACCAUCGGGAGCAGAUUGCUUGCCAAGCCUGUGGCAAGACAUUUUCUGAUGAAGGCAGAUUGAGGAAGCAUGAAAAACUCCACACAGCCGACAGGCCAUUUGUUUGUGAAAUGUGUACAAAAGGUUUCACCACACAGGCUCACCUGAAGGAACACCUAAAAAUCCACACGGGGUAUAAACCCUACAGUUGUGAAGUAUGUGGGAAAUCAUUUAUCCGCGCCCCAGACUUAAAGAAGCAUGAGAGAGUUCACAGUAAUGAGAGACCAUUUGCGUGCCAUAUGUGUGACAAAGCCUUCAAACACAAGUCCCACCUCAAGGACCAUGAGCGGAGACACAGAGGGGAAAAGCCUUUUGUGUGUGGCUCCUGCACCAAGGCCUUUGCCAAGGCGUCGGAUCUGAAGAGGCACGAGAACAAUAUGCACAGUGAAAGGAAGCAGGUCACCCCCAGUGCCCUCCAGAGUGAGACCGAACAGUUGCAGGCUGCAGCAAUGGCCGCUGAAGCAGAGCAGCAGUUGGAAACAAUAGCCUGUAGCUAGAGGUGAUGUGACAGGAACGCUUGGUCUGGGAGGAGGACACUGGGAUUGCAUUGGUUAUAAUCAGUGGACACCAGUGACUUGUGUUUUUGUGGAAACGCAUGGAGCGUUUUACUCACUGGACUUAAGGCAGUGCUUGGUUAGGUAUUUUAAAACUUUUCAAGGAAAUUGUGUACCUAAGUUGUGACCAAACAGUCUUGUGAUGUCUAGUAUUCAUGUUGCCAGUAAGUUUCUCUCCCCUUUUUUUAUGAUUUUAGUUAGAGAACUGCAGUGUCCAGUUUAAAGUGAGAGACUUUUACUACAUUUUUAAUUCCUCUACACUUGCCACACCGGUGAGUGCACUGCACAGAAUAAUAAUUGAGUAAAUUGAUUUCCAUAUCAUCACGACUUAUGGUGACCAUAAGUCCAUACGUGUGACUUAUGGUCAAACAGCAGUUUUAAUAAUUUAAUAAAAGUACUUCAUGGAAGUGCAGAAAAUGCUGACGGGUGGUUGACCAAGAAGACUGCACAAGUCUCAAACCAAAUUCUGGAAAUGCGGAAUGGUAUUAGAUUUAUAUUUGGUUUGUUAAUUUUUUAUAUCACUGUUUUUCACUGUUUCUGUGGACAAAUAAUAAUUGCUUUUCUGAAGUGUUUCUUAAUUUUAGUUGCCCCAUACCUACCCCAAAAAGUGUAGUCACACAUGCUGAAGGCUGAGUGAAUCUACCAGGGUGCUGAGAUCUUGGGACUAAGUUUUUAGAUUCUUUUGGGGAGCAUUGCCAUGCUAUACUAGUGGGAAUUUGUGGAGUGGAUCAGUGGUGAGAGGAGUAGAAAAGGCUUUCAGACAAAGUUUUCUUGUGACAAUUCUAAGAUGUCCUAGAUCAGAAUCAUUCAAUGAUUUUGGAAUUGGGUUUGUAUGUAGGAUGAAAGUUAAGACAAGAAGCAGAUACAUUUCUGCAGAAUGCCAUCAAGCUUUGGGCUCUCUGCAGCCUGUGAUUUACCCAUAAAGGAGAUGCACUAUGCUUACUUAAAUAAAUUUAAAUUUUUUAACUGUAAAUAGUAGUGUUGGUUUUACGUAAAAGCAGACAGCUGCACUUUUUUUUUUUUUUGCACAUUGGAUUAAAAUACUUUCCAUCAGCAACAAACAUCAGACUGUUUCAACCAGUAUUUAAAAUUGCCAGACCAAACGUUAUGUUUUUGAAGAUUUCAUCGCUGGUUACAGUUUUAAAUAGAAGUUGAUUGCCUUUUCAUAGCCGUAAAUCAGAACCUCUGUUUCAGAUUUGAUGUAAUAAGUGUUCUUUUAACCAUUUCCUUAGGAAUA